AUGUAUAACGCUCAUCGCGGGAUGGUGCCCGCUCCCAACUCCCGUUUGACGGAGUUGUUGGAUCAGCUGCGCCAGGAAUUCGAGAGUCAAUCUCGCAGCACCGGUGAAUUUGAGCACCAGUUUACCGGCCAACUCCAGGAGAUGGAGAUGAUCCGUCAGAAGGUGUAUCAACUGGAGCAAACCCAGGUCAAGAUGAAGCAAGACUACGAAGCCGAGAUCCGCAUGCUGCGACAUGAACUCGAGUCGCGCGGUGUCCAAACCGUCUCCCACAUCGCACCUACGGCGCAUACAGCCCCCCCGGGCCAGCCACCACAGGUCGGCCACGGCCCGAGCAACUUGUUUAGCGGUAUUAUGGCCAACGCCAACCAAGGAGGCUAUGGCGGCCCCCCACCGCCCCCCACCGCCUCUCCAGGUCCUGGCAAGACUCGCCGUGCAGCCCCCGGCCCGGCUACCCCCCAGCCGACUCAGCUCGCCUACCCUGACCCUCGUGCCUCUCCUCAGAUUCGCCCGACCCCUCCGGGUACUCAGCCGACCGCCCCUGGUCGCCCGGAUCGUCCAGGCAACAUGUUGGCCAACUGGAACCCGGAGGACUUGCCUCCGUCGCAGAAGCGCGAAGGCACAGACUGGUAUGCGGUGUUCAACCCUGAGGUUCAGCGUGUGCUGGAUGUCGAACUGGUGCACCACCUUAGCCACGACAGUGUCGUCUGCUGUGUUCGGUUCAGCCGUGAUGGCAAAUACCUGGCGACAGGCUGCAACCGGUCUGCGCAAAUUUUCGAUGUGACCACUGGACAGAAUGUGGCAACCCUGCAGGAUGAGAACGUCGACAAGGAUGGUGACCUUUACAUCCGCAGCGUGUGCUUCAGUCCCGAUGGAAAGUACCUGGCGACCGGUGCCGAGGACAAGCAAAUUCGCGUCUGGGAUAUUGCCUCCCGUACCAUCAAGAAUAUCUUCACCGGUCACGAACAAGACAUCUACUCGCUAGAUUUCGCCGGCAAUGGCCGCUAUAUCGCCUCGGGCAGUGGUGAUAAGACCGUGCGUCUCUGGGACAUCCUCGACGGCAAGCUCGUCUACACCCUCAGCAUUGAGGAUGGCGUCACCACGGUAGCUAUGUCUCCCGACGGCCACUACGUGGCUGCGGGAUCGCUGGACAAGAGCGUGCGGGUGUGGGACACCACCACUGGCUACCUGGUGGAGCGACUAGAGAACCCUGAUGGACACAAGGACAGCGUAUACUCAGUUGCCUUUGCACCCAAUGGCCGCGACCUGGUCAGCGGCAGUUUGGAUAAGACAAUCAAGCUAUGGGAAUUGACUGUCCCGCGCGGCCUACAUCCCCACAGUGGCGUCAAGGGCGGCAAGUGUGUGCGGACGUUUGAGGGCCAUAAGGACUUCGUGCUUAGCGUGUGCCUGACGCCCGAUGGCCAGUGGGUCAUGAGUGGCUCUAAGGAUCGUGGCGUUCAAUUCUGGGACCCGGUCACUGGUAACGCCCAGAUGAUGUUGCAGGGCCACAAGAACUCCGUUAUCUCCGUUGCCCCAGCCCCGACUGGCAACCUGUUCGCAACUGGCAGUGGAGACAUGCGUGCACGGAUCUGGAGAUACUCCAACUAUACUGGACGGUAA